UCCUUCUCUAAUCUUUGUUUUUGGCUCAUGGAAUUUAUUAAUACACACUGACGAUGCGAAGAGUGGCUGGGAACGCUGGUGGUGUGUGACUGCGCGGGACCAGCGGAGAUAAAAACCUAAAAGCAGUGAAAACGCUCUGGUGUUAUUUAUAAAAACCUGGAGAGGCUGAGGCGUGCCUGCCCUGCUGAGGCUCAGCGAGGGGGCGGGGCUUCUGUUUACCUACCUUGUUUCCUGCUGGGAUAGGCUCCGCCCUUUUAAGGAGUGUUGAGGCGCACGCACACGCGCACACACACACACACACACACACACGCACGUUCAGCGCUGCAGCGGUGGAUGAGAUACAGGGAUACCGCGCGGUGCGUGCCGGUGUGACUGCGGGAUUUCUGGCGCCUCCGAGCCGUUGCUCUACAGCCGAGAGUCUCUCGCCUGGGGAGGGAAGAGCACCUGGCCGACAGGCGGGGGGGGAAUCUGACCCCUUCCUGCCCCCGUUUUCGCAGCUCUACCUUUCAGCCACGGAGCCAGGAUGACAUGGCGGCCCCAGUAUCGCACGUCCAAGUUCCGGCACGUGUUCGGCAAGGCCGCCGCCAAGGAGAACUGCUACGACGGCGUCCCCAUCACCCGGAGCGUCCAGGACAACAACUUCUGCGCCGUCAACCCGCACUUCGUCGCCGUCAUCACAGAGUGCGCCGGGGGCGGAGCCUUUCUGGUCCUCUCCAUUCGCCACACGGGGAAAGUGGACCCCCACCACCCGCGAGUGUGCGGCCACAAGGGGAACGUGCUGGACAUCAAAUGGAACCCCUUCAACGACUUCUGCAUCGCGUCCUGCUCUGAGGACACUACUGUGAAAAUCUGGGACAUUCCAAAGCAUGGCGUAAUGAAGGACAUCACGGUCCCCACGAAGGAGCUGCAGGGUCACUCUCGGAGGGUGGGGUUCAUCGAGUGGCACCCCACCGCCAGCAACGUGCUCUUCAGCACGGCCUACGACUACAAGGUGAUGGUGUGGAACCUGGACACGCCGGAGCAGGUGAUCAAGAACCCGGUGAAGACCAUCAGCGAGCACUCGGACCUGGUGCUCUCCAUGAGCUUCAACACCGACGGCAGCAGGCUGGCUACGUCCUGCAAGGACAAGAAGAUACGCAUCAUAGAGACUCGCACUGGGAGACUCCUACAGGAAGCUAACUGCAAGUCGCAUAAAGCCAGCAAGGUGUUCUUUCUGGGGAACCUGAAGAUGCUCCUUUCAACAGGAAACUCGCGGUGGAACCACAGGCAAAUAGCUCUGUGGGAUCAGGAGGACCUGUCGGUGCCGCUGGCAGAAGAGGACCUGGAUGGCUCCUCUGGUGUUCUGUUCCCCUUCUAUGACCCUGAUACUCACAUGCUGUACCUGGCUGGAAAGGGCGACGGUAAUAUCAGAUAUUAUGAAAUCAGCUCGGAGAAACCCUACGUGCAGUACCUCAGCGAACAUCGUUCCAUCCUCCCACAGAAGGGAAUGGGGGUCAUGCCAAAGAGGGGUCUGGACGUGUGCUCCUGCGAGGUGUUCCGUUUUUACAGGCUGGUGACGAUCAAGAGCCUCAUCGAGCCGCUCUCCAUGAUCGUCCCGCGCAGGUCGGAAUCAUACCAGGAAGACAUCUACCCCAUGACCGCAGGAGACCGGCCAGCGAUGACUGCGGGAGAGUGGUUUACGGGGAUGGACAAAGGCCCAGUCCUGAUGUCCCUGAAGCCUGGGAGUAGAUUAGCAGACCUGUACCCAGAGAAGGACACAUCCCUGGGGGGCACGCCCUACCAGAGCCGGGCCGGGCUCCUGGAGCUCAGUCCCCUGGAGGGCCAAGACGCUAAGGGCCCAAACACCCUCAACGCCCCGUCCAAGGAGGACCAGACCCAGGGCACAGUCUGGACCACCACGUCCAAUGGGUGCGAGCUCAUGCAGUGUUCCCCUCCUAAAACUGAAAACGAGCUCCGACAGGCGUUUUUCCAGCAGCAGAAUGAGAUUCGUCGGCUAAUGGAUCUGCUGACCCAGAGGGAUGUGCGGAUUAAACAGUUAGAGCUGGAAAUCAACAAUGUGAAGAACUCACGGGGACCACCAUGACACCUGCCAGGUCCUCCCCCCCUCCCCUGCACCCCCCCGGGGACCACCAUGACACCUGCCAG